AAAUGAAGGGACAGAUAUGAAGGACUUGGAUGCUAUCAAGUCCGCCUUGCAGCUAACAAAGAAUAAAAAUGUCGAGAACAGAUUAGUGGAAGAAGUUGUUCGCGCCAAAUCCAUGCUGGAACGUCUGCGAAAUAUCGCUAAAUUGAUGCAUGCUGUACUGGGCUUGGAUCAGAAAACUAUUGCAGAAAUUAAAGGAUAUCAACACCCGCCCCCUGCCGUACAUCACGUGAUGAUGGCGUCAUUGCUGUUACUUGGACACUGGGAAGAGGAAACAGAGAAAAUCGUGAAGCGUUACAACGAUCCAGACUUCCAAAGUCCAAGUGAUUGGAAAAAUGUGCAAAUUGCUCUGGGAAAGAUGGGAAAAGAGUCAAUUAAAAGGAAAAUUCAAGAGCUUAAGGUUGACGAUAUACCAUUAGAUGUUGCUCUCGGAGCACGUGAUUUGAUACGAGAUUUUACUUUGGAUCAAGUGCGCAUGGUCAGCGCUGGUGGAGCUACUUUUUAUAUUUGGGUUCGAGGAUUAACGGAAGAAAUUGAGAAAAGGAACGCAGAAAUUGUCCACACGGUCCGUCCAAGAACUAGCAAAAAGAGAAGAGAGAGAACGUCAAUAGCUUAGAGAUUUUUUUUCUGAUUCCUAUAGAUCAUUUUAUGCUGCCUAAGAAUCUGAAUUUGUUUGUGAAAAUUGUUUGGUUCAAAUUCAUUUGCACCAUGCUAUGCAAGUGUUGUGCUUACAUGCGUUUUUGCUAUAGAAUAACUUAACCAUUAA